AAUCUUCCCAUGUCUAUUGUUUGAGUUACGUGUGUGUGUGUGUGUGUGUGUGUGUGAGAGAGAGAGAGAGAGAGAGAGAGAGAGAGAGACUCGCGCUCCGUGUCUCGCGCUCUAAUAUGAGCGCUGAAACUGGUCCUCGCGCCUCGGUGUAGUGACGCGGUGGUGGUUGGGGGUAAAUUGAGAGGCACUGCGGUGUUUUAAAUUACACACUAUCGCAUUUUUGUCACUCUGUUCCGGUUUCUCUGUUUAAUGCCUUCUUCCAGUCUGAUCUGACUCCACUUAAGCAGCCGCUGAGACUAAGGCUACCUGGGAAAGCAGGAGAGACAGACCGGAGACAGAGAGAGUUGGGCUGAAGAGCAGAGAGACAGCAGGGCGAGUGGAAUACUGCACAACUUCAUCAUGAAUGGAUUAAGCGCAACGUGUUGAGUCCAUCCUUUGGCGGUUCCUAAUUGAUUCCAGAUGGGUGUGGGAAUGUCGUGGCUGCUGUGGGUGUGGAUCAGUGUGACCAUCAUGUUGGUGUGCGAUGCCACCUUCUACAAGACCAUACACCAGCACCUGGCACCACCUGGGACCAACAUCCAGAUCCUCGAAGGAGGGACAUGCGAGGUGAUUGCUGCCCACAGAUGCUGUAACAAAAACAAGAUCGAGGAGCGAUCGCAGACAGUCAAGUGUUCCUGUUUACCGGGGAAAGUAGCAGGAACCACAAGGAAUAAGCCCUCCUGUGUGGACGCCUCUAUAGUGGUGGGGAAAUGGUGGUGUGAGAUGGAACCGUGUCUGGAGGGAGAAGAGUGCAAGACUUUGCCAGACAACUCGGGCUGGAUGUGCUACUCUGGGAACAAGAUCAAAACCACCAGGAACACUCAUCCCUAUACAUCAUUGUAGCAGCAGGAGCAGUUCAGUGCAAAACAAAGGAAUACAACAGGACAGGACAAAUAAUCUACUCCAGUGGAAGGAAGCUGGUGAACUUGGCGGCGCAUUUCAGGCGGCUGUUUCAUUUCCACUUUCUACCCAAUAACUUGACCAACAUCUGACCGAGGAAGAAUGGACAUUUUCUCAUUCAUGAUUUGCUUCAUUUAGGUUUGCGCUGUAAAUCCUUGGUAAUCUGAGACUUUACCCUGAUCGUUUGACCCAAAAUCUCGUUUUCGUUCAUGACAUUCCCGGUGAUCCUUAUUUCCAGAAUUGACCGAGCUAACAAACUCACCUACACGCUGGCGAGUCAUUAGAGAAGGAAGAAGACUUUUCAUGAGAAUCAGCCGGGACAAAAACCUCAUCAGGUGUCAUCGAGAAGCUCACUGCAUUUCUCCUGCAACUAAAAUGGACUGUUAAGGACACGUGUAACAUAAAAACUCAUUAUAUAAUUGUCUAACCCCAAAUAUCUGACAUGGUUAUGUGGUUCAGCAAAGCGGCAGAUGAACAUAAUCUUGUGGUAAAUUAAAGUGAACCCACUGCUAACUGUGAUUUAAAAGAGACAAAAGCACAAUAAUGCAAUGCAGAGUGUUUGGAAAAGAUGGUAUCGUCAUCCUCCAUGCGCUCGUGAAGCUCCAGUCCAGCUCUAGCUGAUUUUCCCAGUUUCUGGUUCAUUAAGCUAAUGAUAAAUUGAUAGAACAUCACUGAGAGGACUCCAGUGUGAAAGCUCUGAGACUUAUUAUCCAAGCCAACGAGGUCUGAUGGAAAUCUGCUGCUGCAUGCAGAUAUCAAAUAGCAUGGCAUUUAAAUACUCCGAGGCAGAUUUUUAUUCUAGGGCUUUGCUUUCAUUAAAAAAAAUGCUGGUCAAAUCUGAAAUGUUAAGAUGGCUUGUGAUCCAUGGAUGCUCGGAGAUCUGAACGUCCUGAAUGCCACUUCAGAGAAAAUCUGUUUGCGUCUGAAUGAGUGACGACAUUUACUUUCAUAUUCUGUUUUGUUUUUUGUUUUUUUUUGUUUUUUAGCCAUACACAUAGCAUCAGUAAAAGUCAGUCUGUGAGAGGACGUGACCUGUAUAAGAAACAGCAUACAGUAUAGAUGAAAAAACAAAACCUACAAAAACCUACAAAGUGGUGAAAGUGUAAAGAAAAACGUUGGGAACAUUUCUCCUACAAUACGAUCAGAUUUGUUAAAAAGCCAAAUCCUCCCUUUUUUUCCUACUGUAUCUAUAGUCCUGAUUGUUAAAAAAUAAAAUUCAAUAAAACCAGAGGGCCGGUUAUAUGAUUGUGUCUACAGAUGGAAGCAUGCAGAUGGACUGAAUACGGAGGCCGAGAAGUGAAAAACACAAUAACUAAUCCACAAACACAACAAAGAUUCAGACAGAGCGGAAAAGGUAGGUAUAGGUUGCAAAUGGAAUUCUUCCCUCUGAUUGCACGAGACAUCUGUCACUCAGGAUCUACAGGAAGUAGGAAAUUGUGUGUUUAACUUUAUCUCUUGUACAUGUGUGGAGUUCUGCCUUCACUUUAAACCAUUUUAAAAAAUCUUUUAAAGACAAUAACAAACAUAUAUAUUUAUCUUUAUAAGAAAAUAGAUUCAGCUCUACUGUGAGGAAGGACGUUCAUAUGGUGUGAUGUUGGAGAUACUGAUAGCGUAUCAUGGAGUAAAGAUUAGUUUGCGAUCUCUAAAAACACACCAGGUAUGUUUGGAAGAGCAAACUAUUCCAGAUUAAAGGAUGUAAGGAGCGCUAUAAGAGCAGAGCUGUGUUACACACACCAAUCCACUUUCUACUGCUGCAGCUACUGCUGGACUUCCUGGAGAUCCUGAGUGACCGAUGUCUCGUCCAAUCAGAGGGAAGAAUUCUGUUCGCAGACUAUACCUACCUUUUCCGCUUUGUCCGAAUCGUCCUUGUGUUUGUGGAUUUGUUAUUGUGUUUUGCGCUUCUCGGCCACCGUAACUGAAGGACGUCAGGACAAACCCCUGGGACCUCCUCCUGACAGCUAACUCAUUUACCCAUUUCAUAUUAAAACUCCUAAAUGUAAUAUCACAGUGUAAAAUGCUUCACUGUUUAUUCAUGGAAGAAAUAUUAUUUUGCUGUAUUAUUUAUUAUACCUAUACAUAUCGAUCAUAUGGUUGCUAUAUUUGUACAAAUGUUUGUACACAGCCAUGAUAUUGUAAACCAGACCGAUUUUAGGAUCAGGAAAACCAUUUUAUUCAUGCAGACGAGGCAUACAACUGCACCGUUAUGUGUCCUCUGUAUUUUAGUGAGCAUUGAUGGGGAUUGAUAUGGACUUGCAGGUUGUGUUUGAAUAUAAACUAUAUGUCCAAAAGUAUGUGGAUGCCCCUGUGUUCAACAUCGCAGUCCAAAUCCAUGUGUAUUAAUAUUGAGUUGUGUCCCUUCUUAUAGCCUCCACUCUUCUGGGAAGGCUUUCCGCCAGAUAUUAAAGCGUGACUGUAGGGAUUUGUGCUCAUUCAGUCACAAGGACUCUGUGCAGGUCAUUCGAGUUCUUUUGCACCAGUCUUGGCAAACCGUGUCUUUUUAGGCUUUGCUUUGUGCACAGGGGAAUUGUCAUGCUGGAACAUUUUCAGGGCGGUUAGUCCUAGUGAAAAGGGAAUCUUAAAGGAGAAAUUCACUUCCAGAACAAAAAUCUACAGAUAAUUUCCUCACCCCCUGGUCAUCCAAGAUGUUCAUGUCUUUCUAUCUUCAGUCGUAAAGAAAUGAUGUUUUUUGAGGAAAACAUUUCUCCAUAUAGUGGACUUCAAUGGUGCCCACGAGUUUGACCUUCCUGAAUGCAGUUUAAAUGCAGCUUCAGAGAGCUCUAAACCUCCAUCCCAGCCCAGGAACAAGGCUCUUAUCUAGCCACACCAUUGGUCAUCAAUAAUUGUAGACUUUUUAACCACAAAUGCUCGUCUAGCACUAGCUCUGGGAUGCGCGUCCGCGACGCUAUAUACUACGUAAUCACAUCAGAAGGUCACACGUGAUGUAGGCGGAGCUACAGACCCAGUGUUUACAAAGCGAACGUGCAAAGACCAAGGAAGUGCAAACACUCUUUACUCACAAUAAGGUACAUAUAACUUUGUGUCAUUCCACAAUGUAAAUUAUUUCUACAUUUUUGUUCUGGAAGUGAACUUCUCAGCAGCACACAGAGACAUUCUAAAAUUGUGAGAAGACCCACAUAUGGUCCACAUACUUUUGCUUCGGUCAGACCUCCACAUGCUUUUGCGCAUAUUGUGUAUUAUUUAGAAGUGUAGUUUGGUGUGUUGCUGUGGCGCAGUGAUGUUUAGAUUAGAUUAGAUUUCUCUUAAAGAAUGGCAGGCUGAUAUUUCUCCAGGUGUACCUACCUACCAGGCUCACUGAGACAACGUACAGGAAAUGUUUUGUUCCGUCCUCGCUGUCAUGUACAAACUGUGUUUCAGUGUUUAGUUGUACGUUCACAAACAAGCUAACUGUCCAAAAAAUUUAAAGCAUAAACAAGAAAAUGAGGAAAAGCUCAUUUGCUUUAUUAUUAUCUUUUUUCUUUUUGUUACUUUGCUAUUUGAUUUUUGGCCUUUAGUCAAUUUAAUAAAAAAUGCUGCUUCACCCCAGAUGUCUUUGGCAGGCAGUAAUCCUGCUGCCCUCCCGCUGUUGCACCACUCUGUCCACAUCAGGGCAGGUGCAUUUUUUUCUGACUAUUAAAAUAUCAACUCAUUGGGUAGAUAUUGACUUAAACAUCACCAAAUUAGUAAUAUGCAUAUUUUAUAACCACAAAUUAUACUUGCACAUAUUCAUGAACGCAUUAAGAUUAUGAACAUGUUUCUUAGUAAGGUAUGAUUUUUUUAGGUGAUGGUGGUGAGAAUAGUUUCAUGGAUAUUCUUCAUCUGAUGAACAAUAGCAACAUGUAGAACUGACAUUCACCAAUUUCAAUAAAUCUGAUGAUUUCAUUGUCCAGGUUAUUUUAUUAUAGCUUGAUUUGGGGAACAGUCAUGAAUGGAUAAGUAAAUAAUU